AUGUUGGUGUUAGUACUUGGAGAUCUUCACAUUCCUCACCGGUGCAGUAGUUUACCAGCAAAAUUCAAGAAACUUUUGCUACCUGGUCGGAUACAGCAUAUCUUAUGUACUGGAAACCUUUGUACUAAAGAAUCAUAUGAUUAUUUAAAAACUUUGGCCAGUGAUGUUCAUGUCGUCAGGGGAGACUUUGAUGAUAACACAAUAUAUCCUGAACAAAAAGUAAUAACAGUUGGACAGUUCCGGAUUGGUUUGAUUCAUGGGCACCAAGUAGUUCCCUGGGGUGACGAAGAAUCUUUAGCAUUGAUACAGCGUCAGCUUGAUGUGGAUAUACUUAUCUCUGGCCAUACUCAUAGGUUUGAAGCCUAUGAACACGAGAACAAAUUUUAUAUUAACCCUGGUUCUGCUACUGGUGCCUAUAAUCCUUUGUUCAGAAAUGCAACACCAUCAUUUGUGCUUAUGGAUAUCACUAGCUCAACCGUAGUAACAUAUGUUUAUAAACUGCUUGGAGACGAAGUUAAAGUCGAAAGAAUUGAAUAUAAAAAGGCUUAG